AUGGGGGCUUUUUUAAACAAACCUGAAACUAAGAAAUACAAUGAGAGCGGAGAAGGUAACGGUCUCCGCUAUGGCGUGGCGUCUAUGCAAGGCUGGCGCGUGGAGAUGGAAGAUGCCCAUCACGCGCAGCUCACACUGAACGGAACACUAUCGGACUGGUCCUAUUUCGCAGUAUUCGACGGCCACGCGGGUGCCCGGGUGUCCGCACAUUGCGCGGAGAAUCUGCUGGAAUGUAUCCUGCAAACGGAGGAAUUCAGGCGGGAUGACAUAGUGGAAGCGAUACGCGCCGGUUUCCUGGAUCUCGACAAGAAAAUGAGGGAAUUGCCGGAGCUAUCGAACGGCGUCGAGAAGUCGGGCUCGACGGCUGUAUGCGCGUUCGUAUCGCCAAAACAGAUAUACAUUGCGAAUUGCGGAGACUCCCGAGCGGUGUUGGCGAGGAAUGGGGCUCCAAUAUUUGCGACUUGCGAUCACAAACCGGAGUUACCCGCUGAAAAGUCACGUAUAGUUCAAGCCGGGGGGACUGUAAUGAUCCAGCGAGUUAACGGUAGCUUGGCCGUGUCUCGAGCCUUGGGAGACUAUGAGUACAAGAAGGUGUUAGAUCGCGGGCCCUGCGAGCAGUUGGUAUCUCCAGAACCAGAAGUGUCAGUUCAUGAGCGUUUGGAGUCGGAGGAUGAAUUCCUUGUGCUGGCCUGCGAUGGAGUGUGGGAUGUCAUGAGCAAUGAAGCGCUGUGUGCCUAUGUACACUCUCUUCUGCAGUUGACUGAUGACCUUGUGGCUAUUACCAACCAAGUCAUUGACACCUGUCUGUAUAAGGGCAGCAAAGACAACAUGAGCAUCGUGCUGGUGGUGUUCCCUGCCGCGCCGAAGCCGGACCCCGAGGCGCAGAGGGCUGACCGCGAGCUGGACGAGACGCUGCGGCAAAGGCUCACAGCCUUGAUCGAGAGCAACGUUACUGGCGAGGAGCAAGACGACCCCUCCUCGCGGUUCUCGCUCGUGCUGAAGCAGCUGCUGCAGCAGAACAUCCCGGGCUUGCCCCCUGGAGGAGGACUGGCUGCCAAGCAAGGGUUGUUGGACAAAAUCUACAGGGAGUACUAUCCGGAGCACGUGGACAGCUCGGAGACUUUCGACUGCCAGGCGGACAUCGCCGAGUCGAUCGGACCCAACUGA